AUGCUUGAAAAGAAGCCAAAAUCAGCUUCUAAACGGUUUAUAAGAUACGCUUUAGGAACGGUAUUCGUCGCGGAAGCUGUAGGAAUUGCAGUAUCAUACGGCUUAUAUUUUAAAUUAAAUACAGAUAGAGAUUUCCGUUUAUACAUGCACAAGAAUUACUACUGGGUAUUGGACGGUUACUAUGGUCUUGGUGAACUUCUAGGUGGGCAAAAAACCCGUGAGUUAGAUCACAAAGUCUGGACCAACGAAGGCAAGAUAUAA